AUGUUUGCCACAUGUUACUCCACUUGUCAAUCUGGAAAUUCUUCAUCAUCAUCAACACCUGAGUUUAGGAGCAAUUCUCCUGUCAUGUUAAUGGAUAGUAAAGCAGUAUUCCUUCAUGUGGUGAAGUGUUCCUGCAGGUUUUUGCGUCGUUUGGAGCAGAGUUUGAAAAGACGUGAGCGCCUAGUGAGUCAAUCUGACAGUUAUGGAGAUGAUGAUGAUGGAUGUGAAGGCUCUCCACCAGUGAUGUCACCACUUCUUCCUCAUCAGUCUGCUCUCCAUGAAGAAUUCAAGAACAGCUCAUUAGGGCACCUUCGACAUCAACCACAUUUGGCACGUGCUCGUUCCUCAAGCAGACAUCGUUUAGGGUCCAAACAAAAGCAUACAGGUGAGUUCUUAAUUCCUUAUGAAGAACAAAUGCAAUGGAAAGCUGUUAAAGUGGCAGAAAACAAUGGACAGGUUGAAUAAUGAAAGAUUAGUAAGAGGUAUGUAAUAAAUUGUCUGAUUAUCAGUCUAUUUGACGCAGAAUUUUAAAACAAGUGAAAAAAAA